AUGAUGAACUUCGCAUCUGUAAAAGUGUUCUUUUUUGCAGUGGAGCCAUGGUUCGAUCGCAUCCCACGUGCUCUCUCAGCUGCUGGCACAUUUUGGCAGGGAACCUGUGCGUCGGUAUUUGAACGAGCUUUGGAAGUGUUUGUUCUGAUUGCAAAACGACUCUUCGAUGCAGCAGCAGAUCGACAGUCGGAAAGCGACAAACCCUGUGGAUUUUUGCUGGUCAAAAAAUGCUGCCAUGAGGCGGAUUUCUUGGCAUGCACCAAUAGCUUGAUGCUCGAGGUUGAAUUCAUCACGAAAUUAUAUAUAACAACCAUACUGGAGGAAAUGCAAAAUGCUGCUCCCAAUGAAACAUUCUGGGGCGGCGCGACAGCCGAGCAAUGGUACCCGCCAAAUACAGUAUCGGCUUUUCUUUCGGCAACACUCGCUAUGGGCAUUUCCGGUGCAUCAAAACUCCGUCUUAUUGGAUACUUUUUGCUUGAUUGCGACAACAUCAAAGAAAAGAGGUGUGAUGCUUUCUUUCAUUUCAAACUCCUGUUCCACCAUCGAGAAUAUCAGGACCUGUGCUCGCAGAUCCAGGAGAAUUGGGAAAAAGAUUGUGGCUACCGACAGCCAGAAAUGCCGCCCAGUGGAGAACUGGUCGAUGAGACAGAUAUCUGGGCGUUUAAUGUACUGAAGCACAGUAAAAUACCCAGGAAAUCUUACGACGUUAUGCCGUCCUCAAGUAAAUGUUCAGGCAAUGGUAGCAGAGAGGACAAACCCCAAGAAGUGGUUAUGUCACUAUUCAAUAGCGGUCAGCAUAAACGGGAAACGUUAUCCAAGGAUGAAUGUCGAGAGUAUGACGCUGAGCAUGGAGAACAUGUUUUAGAAACAAUUUCGGAAUUUGAAAAUCGUUGGAAUAUUUCUGCGUGCGAAAGGAUGUUGCCGAGCGAAGCAGUUGAAAGUGUUCAACGCCUUUUGCAACUGCCUGCAGGGCUUGACCGUGUUGUAGCUGGCACGUCAGCAACAGCGUUUGAUUCACUCACAUCACCAACACGAACAAUGGAACCACCUCCAGCACCGUCAUCAAUUUUGAAAACGAAAAGCGGAUGCUUGGGCAAACGACUCGCUGAUGCUUCUGGUGGUAUCUUUUUUUUCUCAUUGAAAUAA